AUGAUAAAAACGAUGCCCUUUUUCCACAGCACUCCUGCCAAACAGGGCCCCAGCAAUAAAGAUCUCCGGACGGAAAGAGAGGCAGACAAAAAGCCCUCCACGUCGUCUGAAUCUGAACCUGACACCGUGUCAAUUGAAUCCUCGACCGAAGAGGCUCCGCCCAAAGGCGACAUGAAAACUCACAACCAAAGAGGGGCUCCUGUCCUAGGAAGCUCUCCCUCAGAAUUCAGCGGGAACGGCACCUCGAGCCCAGAGCCAAAUAAGCAUCGAGGAAUUACAGGCAAAAUAAUCAACGCCUUGUAUCCCCUUGCUGUUGGGAAAGCUAAAAUAAAGCACAAGAAGAAGAAGAACAGUAAACAGGAAGAAAGCAAGCCCAUCACAGUGGACCAAAUCAGAGAGCUCAUUCAAGAGAAAAAGCUAUUUGAAGCUGGCCAGCAUCUCCUUGUGCUGGAGAAGGAGUCUUACGACGAGAAGAGCGAAGAAGGGACAGGAGCGGAGCGGAGCGAGAUCAAAGCUGUUUAUGACCUUUUGAAACAAGAGGCCCUGGGCAUUAUAAAGACUUCAGUCAGAAUAGCCCCCACGAAUCCAGAGUUACUACAAAACACCGUGAGAGCCAUCAUGGAGCAAGUGAAGGAGGACGAGAGAGCUGCGUUAGAAGAGGCAUCGGGCAAAGCUUUGAGUCCCCGGCCCAGGAAAUGGAAGGAAGCUUGGACGGAGACGAUCCGGGAGUCAGUUGCCGAGCGCAUGCAAGUGCCAUCUUUCAGUGGCGUUGAAGGCCUCUCCGCGACCGCUCACAGCUUCCUGCACAUGGGGAAGACGAUGAAAGAUGACCUCAUCAUGGUGGUGCAGCAUAUUAAGCCCCAUUACGCUAAAGAUUUUCAAGUGUGCUGCAUUUAUGCCAAAUGCUACUACCAGUGUUUCUCUUCCCAGCUGGAGGCAAUUGCUCAGUUUGAACUGGGCAGUGGGGACAAUGCCCUCCUGCUCACAUGGGUGCAGAACAUUUAUCCAAAUGAAAUAAAAAAGCAUCCUGUCUUAGAGAAAGACUUGGAAGAAGCCAACCUAGGAAGCCUUUUGCCGCUAAAACAGAUUAAGCAUCUUGAAGAGAUUUACCUGAUUAAUGAGGCGGAAUCUCUGAAGCGCUGCCUGGCUAGAUGCUUGGAAAUGGAAGUCACGAGGUGGAGGCAAGGCAGGGAACCAGAGAAGCUGGAGGGCCAUUUUCACAGUGAACUGCGAAUAGAUGCCAUCCAGGCUGUGCAUGGAGGGCAAAAGCGUGCUGAAUACAUCACACCGGACCUGGGCGAACAAAUCGCACCAUUGCUUCUGGUGGAACUCCUGACCUUUCUGCAAAGCUAUAAGAAGGAACUCGAACGCUUCAUUAAGGAGAACAAACAGCCCCGAUAUUUCGAGGCAACUGUCAUUGCGAAUAUUAACAACUGUCUGAGUUUUCGAACCCAUGCUGAAAAAAGCACGAGACCAGGUCAGGAUGAUAUCAAACUACAGAUUUUUACUACACUUAAUGAAAUUGAAAACACAGGAAUUGAUGUGCUUCUUCAAGGCUUGUUUCAAGAGCUACAGCCUCUUUUUAAAAAGUUUACCCAGAAGACAUGGCUCUCCUGCACGGACAUUAUGAACGAAAUCAUAGCCUGCGCCAGCCACCACAUGUCAACGUUCCAGACUCUCGAAGAGCCUUUUCGAAAGGCUAUCAUGGAGAAAAUUCACCUCCACUUGGUCCGGGAACACAUUUCCAGGCUUGUAAAGAAGAAACUCAGCUUGAAGACUGCAGAACAGCAAAACAAUUUGUCGAGGGUCAUCCAAAACAAUGCCUCAAUGUUGUGCACUUUUUGCACAGAAAAUGGAUCCAAUGCCACGUGGCUAGAUCCUGUACUCCCAAGCCUGGCGGAAAUCAUCAAGCUUCAAGAUACAAAUGCCAUCAUGGUCGAAGUUGGUGGACUUGCCAGCAAAUAUCCCGAUAUCAGCAAGAAGCAUCUGGCAGCCAUCUUGUACUUCAAGGGCAACUUAUCUAGCAGCGACGCCAAAGGCAUCUUGAGCAUAUUGGACAUCCAUUUAAAUUCAACGCUUCCUCCCACAUCCUUGUUCUCAGCCAUCAAGCCUUCCUAG